AUGACUGAAAAGGUGAAGAAGCACGGCAGGCACUAUGUGCCCCAGACCUACUAUUCCGUGCCUGAUCUGUACUUCCCAAUGGCGCAUGCGCAUGCGCAUGCGCACCCGCAGCCGCCGCAACUCAUGAACUCUCCAUACCAGAAUGUGCCACCGACUCCGUUUGACACGGCGUAUGGUGCCAGUCUGCUGCCCUCGCACUUGCUGAUGGGCUCUCCGAUGAUCUCCACCACUAACCUCCCUAGGGACAACAACGCUGAUCUGCUCGCGGGUGGGUACAACCGGAACAACAGAUCCUUUCAGUUCAGGAGGAACAGCGGGUUUGUGCUGCAGUCUAACGGCAACACACCUUACAUGAGCAGCAAGCGGAGCUCGCUGUCGCAGGCGCCCAUGUCGCAGAAGAGGGCCGAGAAGAACAGUACGGACUCCUCGGUGGGCUCUCACGGCAAGAAGAAGUUGCAGCACAAGAAGAGGACGCCAAUUGACGUCACGAAGAAACUUAUAUCCCCGAUCUCCAUUAACUACAGGGUGCUGCCCUCCGGCGAUGACACUUACAAGACCAGAUCGUUGCUGUUUGAGAAUGUGCAAAAGAAUGAUGAAAUGCUUUCCGUGUUCAUGAGAUUAAUCAUUAACUACUCCCAGGUGGAGAGUGUCUACGUUUUUCAACAGACUGAUACACCGUCCAAGGACAAAGAAUCGGAUAAAGAUACUUGCUGCUUGCAACUGAGUUUCCUGUCGCGUCAAGCAGCGCUAGAUUUCUACAACAAUUUCUUACAAAGAUUACCAGAUUUCAAAAAGAAACUUUCGUCACCAAAACUGUCAGUGAGUUUUGUAUCUUUCAGCUAUGUUACAGACGAAGAUAAAGAUAAAGACAAAGAUAAAGACAAGGAUAUCAAUACCGAGAAGCGCAACAUUAAGAGGUCACAGGAAUUAUUAAAGGAGCCUGCCCUCGGAGAAGAAAUAUUCAGCCACGAUGCUACACGUUCAAUUGCUAUAGAGUUUUAUUCACAGGUUGAACAAGAUGCUCUAUUUGAGAAGCUACCAUUUCUAGAUGACAAAGAUAACAAGAGGUAUAUAUUGGAAGCCGUAGAUAUCAUAAGUGCAGAGGACGCAGCGGAUGACUUUCCUGCAAACUAUGUUAUCUUAACAUUCAUCAACAUAAAAAUGGCUAUAGAAGUGCUAGAUUACUUAAAGGCAAAUUUAAUGACUUAUAGCGUCAAUGAAUGCUUUUUCGUUUCUCUACCUGGUUGUAAAUCGCAGAGAGAAUCUUCUACUACUCCAGUUUUAGGACAUAUCUCAACUGAAGGCUCAAAGAGUGUCAGCGAAGUCAAUCUUGCCAACGGAGGUAACACAGUUAUGAUUGACAGAGAACUCGAAUCAUUAUCUGACGAGUUAGCAUCGUUGAAACUGGAAGAGAAAUGCUUAAAGAUUAUUAGAAGCGAUUACCCCAAACCAGAGAUUAGAUCACAUGAUGAUCAUAUACCAGGAUCAACUAACUUCAGCAUGUAUAUAUUCGAUGAUGGGAUGAACCCUGAAGGUAACUCAGGAAUGUACCUUCACGACAAUCUUACAGACCAUAGCUCAAUAAUAGGAUCUCCAUUUUCAAAUUACAUCGAUCCGUCCAUUUCACAUGUAAUGCUUCCGAAUAAUGGUCUCCCUGUGGGUGGCUUUGAUGCGCCAGGCAAGUUUCCCAUUGAACCAAUUUCUGGCCCACCUUUCAAUCAUACUAAUAAAGUUAUUACCCAAAGCAUUGAGGACAGACUCAAUACAUCUGCCAGAAUAGCUGCUGCCAUGGGAGGUGAUGCUGAUAACCGGACAGUGUAUAUUGGGAACAUUAACCCGAGAUCAAAGGUGGAAGAUAUCUGCAAUGUAGUUAGAGGUGGUAUAUUACAAAAUGUCAAAUUCAUAGAAGAUAAGAGAAUUUGCUUUGUGACUUUUAUCGAAGCUUCUGCUGCUGCGCAGUUCUGUGCUAACUCAUUUAUAGACCCAAUAGUGUUACAUGGUAACACGCUAAGAGUUGGCUGGGGUAAUCAAUCUGGUCCUCUUCCCAAAUCAAUUGCUUUAGCCGUCACCGUCGGGGCGAACAGAAAUGUAUACGUUAGUUUACCAGAGUAUGCGUUCAAGGACAAGUUUAUAAAUGAUCCAAAGUACAAAGAGUACCACGAAAGAUACAAACUUCCUAGUCAGGAGCAAUUACGUAAGGAUUUUACCACCUAUGGUGAAAUCGAACAGAUAAACUAUUUGAAAGAUAGUCAUUGCUGCUGGGUGAAUUUUAUUAAUAUUGCAUCCGCAAUAAGACUAGUAGAAGAUAUAAAUCACAACAAUGGUGAAGAAUUCCACAAGAAGUUUAACAACCGUUAUGAAGGUCUCAUAAUCAAUUAUGGUAAAGACCGUUGUGGCAAUAUCAACAAAAAUUUGAUCGCUGGCAAGGGAUCCAAAUUCUAUAAGAAGGUCAAGAAGCCAAGUUAUGAUAUUAGAAUCAAGAAGAUGGAAGAGAAGCGGAAAAUGCAAGAGGACAAUUUACUCUCUCAAAAGAAGAACAGUAUUCAAUUGGAUUCGCUUGGAAUUAGCGUAGAUCGCACUUUCAGCAAUGAAUCUAAACUCAGUGGUGGCCAUACAACUACAGAGGAGAACGGUGGUGUCAAACAGGAUCUUGAGUCGAAUGACUAUAAAUCUGACCACCCACAAAUAUCCAGUAAUGGUCCUAUCGGCAUAGGUUUAUCGUCGAAAAAAUCUCCAAUAUUCGAUGAUAUCUCGGGUUCUGAUGAAUCUGUGAUAUCAGAUUUUGAAAACAGUGCCUCAAAGGAAACAUCUUCCAGUGAUCGUAAGUACCAAACAACCAAUUCAAGAGGAGAUACCUUUGUACCUAAGACAAACCUGUCUCACGCACCUCCCAGAGCCCCUUCUACCAUUAACAUGACUUAUAAGAAAAUCAGCUAUGUGCCUCCACUAAACGGCCAAGCACCAAAAAUGGAUUACCCGAAGAAGUAUAAACGUACGCACAAUAAUUUCCCAAAUCAACAGCCUACGAGACCAAUACCAGGUUCAGACGUCAUGGCUCAGUACUUAGCUCAGCUACAACACUCUACGUUCAUGUACGCUGCAAAUAUUCUCGGUGCGUCAGUAGAAACAGAAGAAGAUCCUUCAGCCCCUUAG